AUGGCGGAUAAAAAGGUAACGUCAAAUAUUCCACAUAAUCAAUAUCAAGCAAUGCAAAAUCUUAAAAGUGACCAAACAAUUGUCAUAAAAAGUGCUGAUAAAGGAGGAGCUAUAGUAAUUAUGGACAGAGAACAUUAUAAAGAAAUGUCCCUAUCUCAACUCCAGGAUAAUCAGUUCUAUAAGAAACUAGAGCAAAAUACAGAUCGACAAACUAUGCUCAAAAUACAAAAACUCACAAAGAAGUACCAAGGUAAUCUCACGAAAAAUGAACUUGAAUACCUUACGGAUUUCGAAGUUAAAACUAGCCAUUUUUAUGGUCUUCCCAAAAUACACAAAUGUAAAGAAAUCCAGGAAAAUGUCAACAAAUGUAAUUCUACGUACAUUAAACUUCUUAGACCAAAUGAUCUUAAACUGAGGCCCAUCAUUGCAGGACCCGCAUCUAGUACACAAAGAUUAAGCAAUCUACUAGAUAUAAUCUUAAAACCACUGUGUACCAAAGUGACCAGUUAUGUGCGUGAUGAUAUGGAUUUCCUCAACUAUAUUCCACAAACAGUACCAAGAGAAACAUUACUUGUUAGUUUUGAUGUUACCAGCUUGUAUACUAAUAUUACGCAUGAGUUAGGAAUUGAGGCGAUCAAAUAUUGGUGGGAUAAGUAUCCGGAAGAAAUCGACGAUAGAUUCCCCGCAAACUUCAUUUUAGAAGGACUUAGAAUUGUACUAGAGAAUAAUGAUUUUCUGUUUGAUGAUGAAAAUUAUCUACAAAUCAAAGGUACUGCCAUGGGCACCAAAGUCGCCCCUACAUAUGCCUGUUUAGUAAUGGGAUUUUUAGAAGAAAAACUUUACAACGUUUUGCCGGAAACAUUUGAUCUAGACUUUACGCAGUACAUUAAAGAGAACUGGAAAAGGUACUUAGAUGAUUGCUGUAUCGUUAACGAUAUUCCGGAACUUUUAGAGUCGGACAUUAUUUUUCAUUGUUUACAGUCAACGGAAGUUUGUUUUGUUUACCUGUGGAUAGACGAUCCUGUGUUUGUGACAUUAUAG